AUGAGUACAGACAAGGACAAGGAAAAGAAAAAGAGGUCCCGCGUUAAACAACUUCUGACAGACGUGAAGAAACAAGUGGAGUUUUGGUUCGGAGACGUCAAUCUUCACAAGGACCGCUUUCUGAGGAGCCUCGUGGACGCCUCUAGUGAUGGAUAUGUCGAUUUAUCUACGCUAGCAAGUUUUAACAGAAUGAAAACUCUGACUUCUGACACCAAGCUGAUCGCACGAGCACUGAAGAACUCCUCUGUAGUACAGGUCAAUCUGGAAGGAAACAAAGUGAGACGCAUCCAUCCAAUCGGAGACCCGCCUCGUGAUGAAGAGAGUCGCACAGUUUAUGUAGAGCUUUUACCCAAAGACGUCUCACACAACUGGAUGGAACGAGUUUUCUCAAAGUGCGGGAAUGUGGUUUAUGUCAGUAUCCCAAGAUUCAAGUACACGGGGGAUCCAAAGGGUUUUGCUUUUGUUGAGUUUGAGAAGGCGGAGCAAGCACAGAAGGCCAUAGAGAUGCUGAAUAAUCCACCUGAGGAUGCCCCAAGGAAGCCUGGUAUUUUCCCUAAAACCUGUUCUGGGAAGAGGAUACCCCUGCCUACGGAAAACCCUACAACAACAGGUGAAGAGGAGAAGAAAAAACGCAAGAAGAAGAAAAAGAAGUCCAGUUCUUCAGCCCAGACGUCUCUGAACGAAAGUAAAGAACAGAUGAUGGAAGCAGAACCAUCUGAACAGAAGCAGAAGUGCGACCCGGAGAUGACAGUUCAGAAAACGUCGAGCAAAGAGAAGAAGAGGCGGCGAUCGCAGGCGGUGGAAGCGUCUGAAGGGGAACUCCCGUCCAAAAUGAGAAAGACAAACGAAAGUGCAAGUGGAGAGGGCUCAAAGGGUGAUGCUCAGGUCAAAAGUAUCAAAAAAGAGAGAAUCAAGGAUGAAAAGGAAAACCUGGACGAUUCUGCCUCCAAAGCAAAAAGGAAACGAAAGAAAAUGCACAAAGAGAAGCUGAAGAUCGAAGAGGAAGUUAUCCCACUGCGGGUGUUGCCCAAGAAGGCGUGGCUUGAGCUGAAAGCAGAGUAUUUGGUAUUACAAAAACAAAGUAUGGCAAGCCUGAAGAAAUGCAUUACCAAGAUCGACCACAAGGAGCAGAUGAAGGAGGUGAAGAAGGAGGUGAAGGAGGAGCAGACGGAGCAGGAGAUCAAAAGAGAGAUCAAAUCAGAGAGGGACGAUGAGGAUAAGAGUGGAAGUGUUAUUAUGGAAGAAGUUAAAGAAAAGCCAAAAAGACAAGCGCCACAGUUUUCCAGUGGAGUCAUCCUGAAGAUUACUGACACCAAGCCCUUACCGACACGGAAGUCCAUCCGGGAAAUCCUGUGUAAAUUGUCGCCUGUGGCCUACAUCGACCUGACCGAGGGCGAUGUCGAGUGCCACGUCCGCUUCCACAGCCCCGAAGAGGCCAAAGCCGUGAACGACGCCAGGACCGACCUCCAUAAAGAGCACAACUGGAGAACAGAGAUCCUGUCAGGUGACCACGAGCAGAGAUACUGGCAGAAAAUCUUGGUGGAUCGACAAGUGAAGCUGAACCGUCCUCGGGAGAAGAAGAGGGGAACAGAAAAGCUCAUUUCUAAAGCAGAGAGGAUCAUCAUGGCCAGAGCAAAAGAAGCCAACAAACACAUCCGAUUUGACGACUAA